AUGCCAAAUGGCCAGUUCUCUUGGGCCCAAGCCGCGAAGGCAUGGAAGUCACAGCCCGUCGACUGGCGACCGGCCAGUGAGCUCCUCAGCACUGAUGCAGAGCCAGACGAGCCCCUGACCACAGAGGCCUGGGACAUCUCUACUUCGUCGGAGCCGCUGGGGCUACAGGCAGUGCUGGACUACGUGGCUCCGUACUGGGAGGUGGUUUACGAAGGCAACGAGUCGGCGGCGGAACACGCGGAAGAGCUGUACUUUACCUACCUCUACAAUGUGACGGCUGAAAGCCGAGAGGCGCCUGUCCUGCAAGCAUGUUGGCAUGGUUUGGCUACCGGUGCCAAUUCAGAGCAGCCGCUGCUGGGCGAUACUGCUUCCAAGGCAUUCCUGAGCGUCACCUUGCCCAGGCUCACGGAGCUCUGUGACCCUCGCUUCGAGGGCGAUUACAGUGCAGUUCUUGUCACAUAUCAUGACAACGGCCUCUUCGCCAACAUUUUGCAACUCCUAGAUGCACUCUUGCUGGCAAAGCCCGGCGCCCCUGUGCUCGUAGAUUGGCAGCGGAAGGGAGGCGAAGGUCAUUUUCAGUAUGGCCCCAUCGGUUUCGAUCUCUUCGAGCACCUCUUCUCAAGAACUCAGCGCUGUCGGUCCUGGGGCAAGUACUCCGCCGACCGACGGCUUCAGUCUUCGUCGUACAACAUGAACAAGAGGGUGAGCAUCCUCUUCAUGAACAUGCUGCGAGGCUUGAUUUGGAGCGUUCCUCCCAAGGACUUCCAAGCACUGCGUCAAGGCUACCACCGGGCAAUGCAGGGUGCCCUCACAAUCUCUCCGCUGAUCAGUCGGAGAGUGAGAGAGGUGACGGACACCUGGCCAGAAAGAGCCCGUGUGGUGGGUGUUCACAAACGGUUGGGCACAAACGAGGUGGCGGCAUGUCAGCUUGCUCAGAGGAACCCUCCACCGGAGGAGUACCUUGAAGCCGCGAAGGCCCUUCUGCAGCAGACUCCGCCUGGUGUCCAGCAGGUGCUCUAUCUAGCCACCGACGAGGUCCAGACCGUUGAAGUCUUCCGAAAGGCAUUACCGCCUGGAAGCCAGAUACAGUUGUGCUGUCGCGAUGGCGUGAAGCGCUCGCGAGGCGGAGUUCGUUCAGACGGUAUUGACAACGAAGUCCACCGAUCUCCCUGCGAAGCUAUCGACGCUGAGGAUGCAUUGGUGGACGCCAUGUGUUUGAGCAAGUGCACGGACCUGGUUUGCAUAGACUCGAACUUGUCCAUCUUUGUAUCGAUGCUGAGUCCCAGGAUACAUAUCCAUGCGAUGAGCGACGCUGUCCCCCCCGGGUGGGAGGAGCGAGCAAAUUACCCCAGGGAGCCCGUGUACUCCACCUACAGGGUGGCCUGGAACCCUGGCCUUUUCCUUUCAGCCUUCCCCAGCACUGCUGCGGAAAUUGUGGGCCAAGUGCUCUUUGACCAGAUUGUUCGUGCUACAGGACGCUAUUGGGAAGGCUGGGUUGAGCUGGAGAGCGGUGGCUGGGUUCGGGCGCAAGGUGGCAGGAGCGGUUGUUGGGCAAUGGAAUACGUAGAAAAUGGGAUGGUCUCCAUGCGAAGAGUAUCCCGUGGUGAGCUUCUGGUUCCAGAGGGUGAAAG